AGCGAGCUGCGCAGGCGCCGACAGUCUGACGCCGGCUGCGCAUCGGGACGUGCGCACAUCUCGUGCAAGGAACGCAACAAUACAUUUUGAAAGUAGUUCGCUAACUGUGAAUCGUAUUUAAUUUUUCCCAGUGAAAAAAAAAAAAAAACUUGGCCGUGAUGCGUUACGGGACGGCGCUCGCGCUGCUUCUGACAGUGUGGUGCGGCGGUGUGCGUGCGCAGGGCCGAUACUACGGCAAGGACCUCGGCGCACUGUCCGAGCUUCAUCACGGCGUGCGCGGGCGCGUGUACGCUGUCGACUCGCGGACGCUCUUCAUCAAGGACUUCAACUAUGAUGGCGAAGGCCCAUCUGCAUACUUCUACGUGGGCACCGCUAAAUCGCCGUCGAACGUGGGUGCACUGCGGCUUCGAGACGAGCGCGGCGGCAGCGGUCCUUUGAGGAGGUACCGAGGAGAGGGCGUCACACUCUCGCUGCCUGAUGGCAAGACGCUGCGAGACUUCAAGUGGUUCUCAGUGUACUGCGACGAGUACUCGGUGAACUUCGGUGACGUGUCCAUACCCCGUGAUCUGGACUAUCCUAAGCCCGCGAAGGUGGGCGCGCUCCGAGGCGUUCAUGGUGUUUCUUCUGACCCUGUAGUAGUGGUCGAUGCACAGACACUGCUCGUGCCCAACUUCUCAUAUGAUGGAGAGGCUCCAGAUGCUAAGUUUUGGGUCGGACGUGGAGACAAGCCUUCACCACAGGGGAUCCGCAUACCGGACGAGAACGGCAAGGAGGCGCCACUACGCAAAUACGACAGCAAAACCAUCGUCCUUACGCUGCCUGGGGAGCUGACGGUGUUCGACAUCGGCCACUUUGCAGUGUGGUGUGAAGCGUUCACAGUCAACUUCGGCCAUGUGACCCUGCCACAUGCAGCGCUCGCCAACGUACCGCCCAGCCUCAAGAUGCUCGGUGUAUCACCACAAUCCAAGUUGAAUUGCGAGGUGUUAUACGACGAGCUAGCCUUCGAAGUGAGAUGGGCGGUGGCUGGAGACAGCAUCGUGCUACAGUUGGUUGCCAAACUUGAGGAUGGCGAGUACAUGUCCUUCGGUAUCUCAGGAGACCCGAAACGCUCUCAGAUGGUCGGCGGUGACGUAGCAGUAGCAUGGAUCAACAUGACAACGUUAAAAGGCAACUCGGUGGACUACUACCUGGAUGCAAAAAGCCAAUGUGCUGGAUCACACGGCGCCUGUCCGGAUGAACGGUUUGGAGGGGAAAAGACAAAUUCUAUUCGUCUACUGAAUGCCGCCCUUGUGAAUGGAUAUUCUAUAGUGACGUACCAACGUAGUCUCCGUGCAGCCGAUGAUCUCGAUCUCCCAGUGCUGACCAACGCUAGCCAGCCCAUCAUUUGGGCAUUGGGUCCGCUCAACUCGCGCAAUGAAGUUUCUUACCACCAUCACUAUAAUAAGGAGGACAAGUUCAUAGAGUUUGGUCGGGCGCCUGUAUGGAACUGUCCCAUGCCUGAAGGAGAGGAUGAUGAACGACCACCACCUUCUCAGAAACCAUCAAGUAGCAAACAAGAGGCAACAGCAGUAAUAAAACCGAACCCAGUACCUACUCCGAAACCGGUACCUCGUGUACAACCCUGGGACAUUCCGGCUAUACAGUGCUACGAGCCACCAGAUGGCGUUUUCUACGCACAGAUGGGUCCCACUGGAGGAAAGCAAGGAUACUCUGCUAUUACAGGUCACGUUGGAUGGGGUUUGUCCUGGUACAUUAAUGGUCUCCUGAUUCCCGAGAUUAAUGUGGUUCGCGGCAAGAAAUAUACUUUUGUGGUAGAAGGAGGGUCUGAUCCCGAGGUGCCUGCUAGGUAUCAUCCCUUCUACAUCACCAACGAUCCCGUUGGAGGAUAUCUUCACAAAAGUGAUAAGGAGAAGGAGGGUAUUGAAAUCUAUGCUGGUGUCCGCCGUAGUCGCACUGGGGAACUUCUACCUACAGGCGUCGGCCGUUCUUGCAAUUGGAGUCCAGAUAUUAAUGGACCAGAAGCUGAUGAGUAUCCGAGCUUCGGUGCUUACCAACGCUCCCUAACCCUCGAGUGCGAGCCAGGAAAUCCUGGCAUUGUUACAUGGACACCAGAUCGUCGUACUCCUGACACUGUUUACUACCAGUGUUUCACUCAUCGACAUCUUGGUUGGAAAAUAAAUGUUCUCGAUGAAUGCGAUGCGGCCGAGGCGGAGGAGAGCCGUGUAGUCGAGCAAUAUGCGGUGCCUGAGGGCGAUCUGCAGAGUGAGGAGUCUAUACAGGUACAUAGCCGCGUCCCACCAGACUCUAACUUUUUAGAUCAACGCAAGAAAGUAGAGAAAAUAAUCAAUACGAAAAUAAAUUAUAACGAUUUCAGUAGCAUUAAAGCUGACGGCGGGCUCUCGGGCGACACCAUCAGAACUGAGGUUGUACGGAACCAGCUGUACCCGUCCACAAAGGAGUAUGAAUUGCCUAUAUCCAAAGUACAAAUAAAAGAAGUGAUACAAGCUGUAGAAAGUUUGGAGAGCAAAAUGAAGGAAGAUAUGAGAAAAAAUACGUCGUAUUCAACACCAUCACAGUAUCAAGUACAUGAAGAUGUACACGAGAUAUUUGUGUCAGAGCUACCUAUUAGAGAAGGAGAUGAAUACAUUAUAGAGCCUGGUACAUCACCUGAUAAUUAUAUGUUACCACCAAAUCAAAAACCACUCACACUACAGUCGGUUUUACGCCCCACUGGAUCUAACCGACCAAUGGGAAAUAUGCGACCACCAUUCAGACGACCUGUACCACCAGAAAUAAAACUACGUAGGCCUCCGCCUAUGUUUCAAAAAGGUAAUAAUGGAUAUCCUUUAUCAUUACCAAAUCCACAUGGACCUCAGGGAAUACAAAAGAAGCCAUUGUCACAUAAACACUCUAAUCAUCCUAAUGGUCGAUUGCCACCAAACAUGAAUAGGCCACAUCAGUCAGCUAUACCACCAAUGAAGGCUAUACCACCAUUACACCAUUCUAAGGUUGGAUUUAGUCAAGGUCCUCCUAAACAAAUACCAAAAUUACCCAAUGUUCCAGUGCAAUCUAUAAUAAUGGAAAAACCGGUUUCCAAUAAUAAUUCUCCACAACCAGGUCAAAGUCAAAUGCUAAAUUUGGGCCAAACCGAUAUAAUAGGAAAUCAUGUAGUAAAGAGUCAAAUCACAUUGCCAGGUACUAAUGAUGCUAUUGCACAACAUAGCAUCCCACAAGUAUUUUUGAAUAAACCUAGUUCAGGACAAAUCAUAUUGGGCAAACCAAUGGAUAAUCCGUUACCUUUAGAUCAACAAAUGACCCAAACAAAACAUCAAAUUAUAAGAACGCAUCCCACACCUUUGCCUACAGAAAUUCUUUUAUCUACGACCCACCAUACAAGAAUAGAGAAUGAACCAAAAUUACAAUUACAAAAUGAAAUAAAAUCUUCAGAUUUCAUUGGUGAGUCAGUACCUAGUACAUCUACUUUAAAGCCUGCUGUAAAUACAGGUUUUAAGCCAGAUUCAAUAGUUAUUGAAAGUGGAUUUAAACCAAUAAUUCGAGAGCCAUUAAUGGCAGCCGAAGACAGAAUAACUGAUUCAGGUGACGCUAAUAAUACUAAUAGACGAGAAGACACUGAUGUAGAAGAGGACUACGAUGAAACUCCACAAUAUAUAAAUCAUGCAUAUCCAAGUGAAAAACAAACUGAGUCUUUUGAACCAAUGUUUAUACCAUCACCACCAGAUCAUUUAUUAUCCACAAAUGAUAGAACAAAGGAAAUUUUUCCCAGUAACCACGCAAAAGAAGAUAGACCACAUCCGGUAUAUGUCAAAUCAGAAGAACAGUUAAAUGCGUUAUUUAGUAAAAAGAACUUAGAAAGAGAAGUACCUUCUGAUAUGGUAAUGGAAUCAGACAGAAUAAGUCCCUAUUAUUUACCACCUGACCCUAAAGUGCAAAAAGAACAGUCUCAAAAAUUAACAACUAAAGAUGAACAAAUGAAUUAUUAUACUACGUAUGAUGGAAAGAAUAUCACUAAAUCUUCGGUUUCGACUGUGCCAGAAAUAAAAACUACAACAAAAUUAUUUUCUGCUAAAAUUCCCGCUAAUCCAGAAUUACUUUUAAAAACUCCUCAAUAUGGACCAUUUAUCGGUGAACUUCCACCGUUAGUAUCUAGAACACCCGCUAUUGGAGAGUUAACUAAAGACCAAUUGCCAGAUAAUGACGAUUCACGAACGACGCAUUUGAAAUUAGUUAAUGCUUUUCAAGAUUCUGAAGAUAUAGAUGAGAUUUUAAGUGCAAAAGCCAGUAAAAACUAUGAUAUAAAACAAGAAGAAAAAUUAAAAAAUAAUGAGGAAAAUAAUGAGUCAGACGAGGAAUAUGAAGAGGAUGAGGAGGAAGAGGAAGAAGAUACAAAUACUAGAGAUAAAAGAGACACAAAGACUACACAAUUUGAGAGAGGCGAGGUUCAAGAACAAAUACACACAAACGGGCACAGCGUAGUUGGUAGUCAGGUGGAUUUUGAAUUGCAACAAUCGACCAAAUCGGCAAGUACGUUAUUAUCAUGUACGCCACAUUUGACCUUACUAACUUUAUGUCUGAAAUUAUUCUGAAUGUACCUAAACUAUACUUAUUUAUUUAUUGGUUAAAUUAUUUAAGCCUUGCCAUGAUCGCAUUUUGUGUCAAACAACGUAUGGGUUGUAGGCUGUGGGACUAGCUAGGCUCUCGUCUCCUAUUCUAUCGGUAGUGUAGGCGUCUAUAUCUCAACCACCUGUUACCACUUUGUUACGCGCAUAAUGCAAUUCAAUACUCCGUUAGUUGUAAGGAUUUUUGUAAAUAUUUUUAUUUCUAAUCAAUAAAUUAGUUUUUACGUUUA